AUGUUUCCUCAUAGUCAUUCCUCUCCUGUCAAUUUGCACUCUAAUAAAUCAGAUGUUGAAGCAACUGCUCUAUGUCUUGCCUUAACCGAACAAAAUUUGACAUUGUUUAAUCAACAAUUUCCUCCUUAUAAAGAGUUUAAAAAAGAGAAUACAUUACUGUUUGUAAAGGAACAGCAGCCCAUCAUAGAACAAGAGAGAUUAUUGAAGGAACAACAAAGGAUAGCAUCCUCUUUCUCCAUUCAGAGCGAUCCAACCAUACUCGAAUCGGAAAAAGUUAUAGAUACCGAAAAGCAUCAGACAAAAGCCAAGCGUUUAUCUAAAUUCAGUUGGCCUUUUAGACCACAUAAAUUAUCCCAAAACAAGGUGAAAAGGCAGCAUAGAUGGAUUUGUAUUCCCUUUGACAGACUAUCACCACUACUACCAACAGCAAAACAAGAUGAUUUUGCUACUUUUGCAUAUCCUUUAUCUUCCACACAAGCUGCAAUAUGA